CCAAUGGCGCUGCGAGCAGCCGACGCAUGCUCUUUAUGUGUGUGAGCCAGGACGAGGCUCUUUCUUUUAGCGGCCGGGCGUGUGUCGGAGGAAAGGCGAGCGCUCCCACCUCUGCCUCAUCUCCCAAGAUGCGUUACGUCGCAGCUUACCUCCUUGCUGUGUUGGGUGGCAAUGAGGCCCCAUCUUCGAAGGACAUCAAGAAGAUUCUUGACAGUGUUGGGAUUGAAGCUGAUGAUGAACGACUGAAUAAGGUGAUCAGUGAGCUGAAAGGCAAGAAUGUGGACGAUGUCAUCACUGCUGGCAAUGCCAAGCUUGCAAGUGUACCAACUGGAGGUGCUGUUGCUGUUAGUACCACAAGUGCUGCUGUGCCAGCUGCAGCUGCUGCUGUUGAAGAGAAGAAAGAGGAGAAGAAGGAAGAGUCUGAAGAAUCAGAUGAUGACAUGGGUUUUGGUCUCUUUGAUUAAAUAGAAAACUGUCUUAAAAUAAACUGUUCUAAUGGA